UUUUUAAAUGCUAUAAAAUUAAGACAGGGGAAUAUGCUACAGAUGAAGAAGAUGAUGACAUGGGACCGGUCCUUCCGGGAGGUGACAUGGCUAUUGAAGUGUUUGAUCUUCCUGAAAAUGAUGACAUGUUCUCCCCGAGUGACGUGGACACCAGCAAGCUUGCUCACAAGUUCAAAGAGUUGCAAAUCAAACAUGCAGUUACAGAAGCUGAAAUUCAGAAGCUGAAGACGAAGCUACAGGCUGCUGAGAAUGAGAAAGUGAGGUGGGAACUAGAGAAGACCCAACUGCAGCAGAACAUUGAGGAGAAUAAGGAGAGGAUGAUGAAAUUAGAGAGUUACUGGAUUGAGGCCCAGACCCUGUGUCAUACAGUGAACGAGCACCUCAAGGAGACACAAAGCCAGUAUCAAGCUCUGGAGAAGAAAUAUAACAAGGCAAAGAAGUUAAUCAAGGAUUUUCAGCAAAAAGAACUUGACUUCCUCAAACGCCAGGAGGCUGAACGAAAGAAAAUAGAAGAUUUGGAGAAAGCACAUCUUGCAGAGGUUCAAGGCUUACAGUCUCGUAUACGAGACUUGGAAGCAGAAGUUUUCAGGCUACUGAAGCAAAAUGGGAGCCAGGUUAACAAUAACAAUAACAUAUUUGAAAGGCAGACAUCUUUUGGAGAAGUUUCUAGAGGAGAUCCAGUGGAAAAUCUAGAUACUAAGCAAGUGUCCUGUCUGGAUGGCUUAAGUCAAGAUUUCAAUGAAGCAGUGCCAGAAACAGAGAGACUGGACUCAAAAGCUCUGAAAACCCGAGCUCAGCUUUCAGUGAAGAACAAGCGGCAGAGGCCAACUAGGACAAGGCUCUAUGACAGCAUCAGUUCAACUGAUGGAGAGGACAGCCUUGAACGAAAGCCAUCAAACAGUUACAGUAGUCCCAUGCACAUUUCAAAAUCACCACUGCCCUUAUGCAUGAGAGCAUCCUCACCAGCAUCAGAUUCUGGUGCUUCCUCCCUCUCCCCAGUGGCUAGCAGUGCAGCAAUCUCCCUUGACAACCUAACUGAAAACCAAGAAGAAGGACAGCAUCACAAAGGAGGUGUCCUUUCCCUGUGUGCUCGGGGAGACACUCCACUUUCUUCUCCUUCAAAAUCUGGGCACAGCUCUGAAGCAUCUCCUUUGCAUCACCCAGCUGGCAGGAAUGUUUUGCAAGAUCAAGGUACUACUAUUUUUUACAAUAAAUUGGUGCAUCCUUUUUCUUAGUUACAUCUACUCUAUGAACUUUUGUGUAGUUAAACGAUAGCAACUACUUGAAGGUCAUCUUCUCAUAACUUCUUUUGUCUACCUGGACAUCAGAAAAUUACAGCUGACCUUGUAUGAUGGUAUAAGAAAAGGAUGAAGUUAGAAUGAGAUCAGGAGGUGCUUUCUUUCUUUUUAUUUCUUUCUUAGAGCUCAUGGAAAAAGAUAGGGGGAAGAUGCCUUUAAGAAAAUCUUCUCAUAUUUUUUUCAAAAUACCAUAUUAUUGGACCUCAGUCCAUUUUUGUGUUACAAAGAUGAUUAAUAAAUGCAUU